AUGACUGACUUUAGUACUAUAAUUAUGUUCUUGUUUACAGAAGAGUCUACAGCUGUAGAGAAGAGGAGGCCUCUUACUCGACUGAAUAUUCAUUCUGCAUUCUGGAUUUUGGCAUCAAUUGCUGUGACAUACUACUUUGAUUUUUUUGAAACAGUUAAAGAAACUAUGCAAGCACGUAGCUCUUGGUUUGCCUUUGGCACUUGUUUGUUGACUGCAUCUUUAUCUGUUGCCUCUUACUGCAUACUCUAUCUUGAGUGGUAUCGUGGAAUUGAGGACUAUGAUGCACAGUAUCCAGUGCUGAUACCUGUAUCAACAGCUACCUUCAUUGCAGCAGCGAUUUGUUUCAACAUUGCCUUAUGGCCUGUCUGGAGGUUUAUGACACCUUUGUUGCUCUUCACUCAGUUUAUGGGUGUUGUGAUGCUUGUGUCACUCCUGGGAUAA